AAAAUUACAAUCCCCCAGUGUAAUUUUCUGAUAUUCCAUCUGUAGAACAGCUACAGUGAGGUUAAUGAAAGUGAAAUUGGUAGAGAGCCCUCCCGUGACAACAAAAGGAAAGCUAGCUCACCUUUGACCUCACAUGAUGUACAGUUGGAAUCAAGUUCUGAUCCUAAUAUUAGUGUGCAUGCAUCUGAGGAAAGCCAGUUCAAACUCAAAAUAAUGUUGGGAGGAAAAAGCAUUGAUGAAAAAACAGAUAACAAAAAGAUAGAUGUGGAUGAGAGAAAAGAAACAGAGGUUGCCCAGGGUAACACUUCAUCACAGAAAUUAGAAAUGGAUCACCGUCCUAUAGACUCUUCGUUUGAAGACCGACCGCCGACUCCUGGAGCUAUGUUGCCUGACACAUUAGGGGAUUCAUUCAAGCCAGCAACUCCUAAAAUGGAAGAAACACUAAGUUCAAGAAGCAAUACUCCCUCCCCGAUUCUGAAGAAUCCGACACCUCUCACUGGUCUGACUGGUGGGGGCAAUAGUACACCAUAUCAUCUAAGAUGCAUUCUACCAUACCCCCUAUGCAUACUCAUAUCAAGCGAGAGAGACCUCUUCAUGGAGCAAGUGGCACUGAUAAAUUGCAUAAAAUCAAGAAGAAGAAAAAGAAGAACAAACACAAGCAUAAACACAAACAUGGCAAACAUGACCACCAUGAUAAACAUAAAAAACAUCAUGGUGGGUCUGCAGGUGGUUCAUCCAGUCAAUUUCAUAAAGGAUCAUCAUCAGAGAGGAAGUAGUUGCUAUGCCAACAUUAAGGUAGAGAUGCAGUUUACCUGACAGAUAUUUUAAUUAGUUAAUUAGGAAACCAAGAUGACCAC